UCCAUCUCCGAUCCACCCAUCUCCAGCUGCCACCGCGUGCCCGAGUCCAAUACCUAAAAGUCCAACCCCACCGCCACCGCCACCACCACCACCAGAGUUCUCGUCAGCUGCCAGCCAUGGUCGCCGGCUUCGAAGCCCUUCUCGACCCGACGGCGCUCUCCCUGGCCCUGCCGGCCGCGCCGGGGCUCAAGAAGGAGGACUACCUCGCCAUCUGCCUCGCCGCGCUCGCCAGCACGCGAGGGACCGGCCUAAAGGUGGCCGGGUUCGUGCCGCCCGGCGGGACGUGGUGCCCGCUGCCCAUCGCCUCGGCGCCGCCGCCCGCGCGGGAGGAGGAGCUCCGGUUCCGCUGCGCGGUCUGCGGUAAGGCCUUCGCGUCGUACCAGGCGCUCGGCGGCCACAAGUCCAGCCACCGCAAGCCGCCCACGGGGGAGCAGUACGCCGCCGCCGUCGCCCCAGCGCAGCAGGCGGCGGACUCCGAGGAGACGACGACGUCUUCGUCGGGAGGGGCCGCUGGCACUGCCGGCGGGCCGCACCGGUGCACCAUCUGCCGGAGGGGCUUCGCGACCGGCCAGGCGCUCGGCGGGCACAAGCGCUGCCACUACUGGGACGGCUCGUCGGUGUCGGUCUCCCUGUCCGCGUCGGCGUCGGCGUCGGCGUCCGGGACUGGGUCGUCGGCUGUAACCGUGAGGAACUUCGACCUGAACCUGAUGCCCGUGCCGGAGAACGCCGGGAUGAAGAGGUGGGUUGAGGAGGAAGAGGUGCAGAGUCCGCUGCCUAUCAAGAAGCGCAGGAUGUCGGAUUAAUUCACUAGCUGCUGACCUCGUGUGUCCAUCGGUGCUUCAUGUAAAUCGUUUGAUUCAUUGAUUCGUUUAUUGACACUAAUAAAUUAUUUCGUUUUCCUGCCA